UGCUGUUUUCAGACUUCAUUACGUUAGUCACCGUCGUCGAGAGUGUUCAGCUGCACUCAAGAGACUUGCUGAAGAAAAUCAUCGUACAGGAUGAGUUUUCAAGAUAUCGUGGAACCGGAAAAGGUGGAAGAAUUAUUGGUAUCUCAUUUAAAAGAAAAUAACAUCGCAUGCGAGGAUCCACGACCGUGGACCGUUCGUUAUUCGAAUUUAGGUGGUCGUGGCAUGUUCGCUACUCGAGAUAUAGCGCCGAACGAAUUGAUUUUCAUCGAUGCACCUAUGGUGAUCGGGCCAAGGUGCGUGGGCAAACAUUUGCAAAUGUGCGCGUGUUGUUACAAGAACGAGUGCCCUUUAUUUCCAUGCGAUCGGGGCUGCGGUUUGCCGGUAUGCUCGUCGCAAUGCGAAAAUUCACCGAAACAUGUGAAUUACGAAUGCGAGUAUUUGAGGUCAUUGGUACCGACUUGUGGCACAGAUUGGUCCUUGAAUUUGUUACUGGCAUUGAUUCCGAUUCGCGCUUUAUUCAUGACGGAACAGCAGCGUGAAUGUUUGCGCGCUCUUCAAUGCGAUCAAACUAUCACUUCUAAUUACGAGAUCGAACUACUUCUACGAACCGUGGAGAAAUCUCCGAACGAAAAGGAUAUGGAAUUAAUGAAACGCGUUUGCGGAGCAUUCAACUCGAAUUCAUUCGAAACAGUUAGCGUUCACGAUAAGGAUCGUUCGUCAAGUUUGCGCGGUCUUUAUCCUUUAGGAGGGCUACAGAAUCACAAUUGCGUACCAAAUACAAGACAUCAUUUUGACGGAAAGUAUCGGCUGUAUGUUAAUGCCGCUCUUCCAAUUGCCGCUGGAGAAGAAGUUACUAUGUCUUACACGAAUUUGUUCUGGGAUACGACAUUGAGAAGACAAUUUUUAAGAAUCACCAAACAUUUUUCUUGUACGUGCAAGAGAUGCAGCGAUCCCACGGAAUCUGGAACGAGAUUAGGUGCACUUCUGUGCGCAUUUGAUGAUUGUUCAGGAAAUUUGUUACCUGCAGAUCCUCUUAACAUUGGAACUUCCUGGGUUUGUGAUAGAUGCAGGAAGACUAUAAAUAAUCGACAGAUAUGUUCGAUUCGUUCAGGUAUUGCGGCCGUAACCGAAGAGAUUCUGUACAAAUCUCCACGACAGAUUUUCAGGUUUAUGCAAAAGGAACUCAUGUGUAUAAUUCCUUUGAGUAAUUAUCUAAUCGUAGACGUAAAGUUUCGAAUUAUAUCGUAUUACGGCAGGAGCGAAGGUAUCGAGUGGGCAGAUUUGACUGAUAUCGAGUUGGAUACAAAAUCAAAAUACUGCCAUGAUUUACUUUGUAUAUUGGAUGUUUUAAAUUGCGGUGAUUGCAAAAAAAAAGGGCUUAUUUUGUAUGAAUUAUAUUGCUCAAACCUCGAAAAAUUGAAACGGUUUCGACAACAAAAUGCUGAGAAAGUACAAUCAAAUUUUUCUGUGGAGACUGAUGAAAAUCAACGUAUACUAGAAAAAGCAAUCGUUAUUCUGCAAAAUGAUGUUGUUUCAGCUACUACUAUUGAACAUGAUAAGAAAUACUUUAACCAAUUUUAAGUAUUAUUUAAAAAAUAACAGAAAGGAAAUGAAUAGACAAAUAUUUAUUGAAAAUUAUACCAAAAGUAUAAUUAUGUGAGUGAACAAGUUUGUGUUAAAAAACAUUUAUUUAGAAAAAUAAUAGGUACUGUUAUUUGUCGUUAGACAGAAUUGAAGUAUAUAAAUUUAGAAGGUUAAUUUCAUUAAAUAUAAAAACAAAUACAUAUAAACAUAUAUUCGUUAAGUAUAUAAUUCAUUACAAUGUUUAAUCGUCAUGAUUAUAAUUUUGAUCAAGAAAGAUGUAUAAAGAUUGAAUAAUAUAUAAAAAGACAUUAGUUAUGGAAAAUUAAAAAACUAGGUGUUAAGAAAAACGUA